GUAACGGUCACAUUUCAAAUCUGGAAACCCGCCAACUGCUUCAUCCGCGGCCUUCGACUUUGUCAGGAGCAAGCGAGAUUUCCCAUGGGAGGAAAAUGAUGUACAGUACUCAAAACUGCGUCCCAAUAAGUGACCUAAACGUGAACAUCACCCACUCGAAGGUGGUUGGAGUGAUAAUUGGAAAAACUGAUUCAAGAGGAUUUCCAGACCGGAAAAAUGCUGGCGCUGAAAGGUUCACUUUCAGCUUUACCAUCAAAGAUUCACCAGAACAUUUUAUCAAUGUGUCUGCAUGGGGAAAUGAGGUUUAUGUCCAAGGACUGAGCAGUCGCUUUCAGAUUGGUGAUUGUGUGGUAAUUGAAAAUCCCCUCGUUGUGACCAAAGACUAUGAGAAAGAAGAAAGAUUUUGCCCAUCAACACCUGGUGCCUACAGGCUGUUGGUAACAGAGACUCACUCAAGCAUUAGGAUCUGCUCAGAUUUAGAAACAGAGGCCAGGAUUCUGCCGCUAUUCCACAUGCCAGUUAAGGACUCAAGGGACUUCUAUUCAUUGGGAGACAUCACUGCAAAUGGACAGAGUCUGGAUGGACACAUCAUUAACAUUCUAGCAGCUGUGCAAUCGAUUGGAGAAGAGAAAUUCUUCACAAAAUCUGAUGGACGCAAUGGACAGAGACUAGAAAUAAAGCUCUUUGAUGACACUGGGACCUCAUUUCCUUUUGUAUGCUGGGAUAAAGAGACUAUUAGGCUGGUACAAACACUGACACCAAGAGAAACAGUGCUGUUCAUUGCAGAUGCUCGCAUCACCUUUGACAGCUUUCGCAAUUGUAUGAUAGCAACAGCAACCUCAAAGACAAUCAUUACCCUCAACCCUGAUACAGCAGAAGCCAACCAGCUGUACACACAUACAAGGGAGCUGCUAGAAGCAGGAGGACUAGAUGACCAAGACAUCCUAUCAGGUGACGAUGUGCAAUUGGAUUCCAUCAGUGAUGUUCUGACUGUGAAGCAGCUGAAAGCCAGAGGUCAAGAACAUGCUGAUGUCUUUCACUGCAUAACAUAUGGAUUCAUCACAAAUCUUGACCUAACUUCCUCCAUCACCAAAGUCAUACGCAAGAGAUGUGCCAAAUGCAAAUUUCGGAUCAAUGAGGAAAGUCAGAGAUGUUCCAAUGAUGCCUGUCCAAAUCAAGGACAACUGCUCCAGGCUACUGAAGGCUUUGAUCUGCUGGUGGACAUCAGUGAUCACACUGGGACCUUUCAGUCAUGCAACCUGGCAGGCACAGUGGCUGAGAAAACCCUGGGCUGUAAAACAGAAGAGUUCUUGCGUCUCUCAGAGCCUCAAAGGACAACUCUGCAGUGGAAGUUUCUUUUGGAGAGAUGCAAAAUCUAUCUGAAGGUUUGUCCAUCUGCUAGAAGCAGAAGUGGAAUGAGGGGAAGCAUUUUGUCAUGUGCACUCGCUGACCCCGUUGAAGUGAAGCAAAGCCUUGCCUCCCUUAUGGUUUGACGCUGUUUUGCAAAACUGCACCAAACAGCAUGGUUCCUCAGUUAAUAACAAAAAGUAGCCCUACUUGUUUAUUAAAUUCGCAUUAGUUCUAAUUAUAUUUAUAUUGAUAACAAAUAAAAGGGCCUUAUUGUGUAUUAAAUUCACUUUGGUUCAAAAGCAUAGGUUGUGGCUAUAUAUUUUUGACAUUUUGUUCAAAUGUCCCAUUUGAUCUCAUUGUGCUGUAAUUGAAUUAACUUGGUGA